AUGUGCCAAGUAUUACCGAGUAGAACCCUUAAAGCACCAUCAACCCAUUUGCCCGUUCCUGGUGUUCCGGAUAUUCUUCCCGACGAUCUUCAAAGUAUCAUUGAUCUUCUUGGAGAUUACACCAACUAUGGCCAACCCAAUUUCGAUUCGUUUGAUUCUAAUCAAGGUCCAUUGACUAAAACCCUGAUAUCUAACACAGAGAUUGAACCAUCUCAAAAUGCAAUGUUACCAGAAAGCACCACUCAGCCAUCAGAUAAGGUAUUUAAUCAACAUCACGAUACCCUCUCGGUGCAUACCUUAUCUCCUGGCAUGACCGUAAUCAAAACUAUUGCGGAAAUUUCUGGCAAGAACGAUCAAGACGGAAUUUUGCACAAGUCGGAUGCAGCAACUCCACCACAGCCAGCUUCCCAUAAAUCUAUUCUACGUGAUAAAACUCUGCUGUUUGGCGUAAUUUCUGCAAUGGGGAUCAUUGCUACAGUAGUGCUAGUUGUUGCUGGGUCGGUAAUGGCAAAGUUUCAGUGGAGGCAUUGGGUUUCUGUCAAUCGUAUCAACACGAACCCUGACAAGUCAAAGCUUAGGCAUACUCAGGAGUCCGGAGUUGCAUACCCAUCAGGUUUAACGUACGAUUGGAGUGAUGAUGAAGUAGAUUUAGGAGAUCUGGGGGAAAAAAGAAGAGUGUCGUCAAUCACUCAUGGCAAGAGUAGACGAGAUUUGAUUAAUGAUGAUGAGUGGUGUACUCAGCAACUUUACACAUCUGACCUAAAAGUAGCUCGUGUAGAUUGGCACACGGUUAAAGCGACAUAUCCAAAUAUCAUUGACGAGGAUGAGAGUGUUGGAUCUGCAUUAGGCAGUUUGAUGGAUAAUAUAAUUGACCCUUGGGAUGGAGUCCAAAAACAAUACUGA